GAGUAGCCAAUGGGUGCUGCUCGUUUCUGUGACGUCAUCGGGGCGUGGCCGGGGCGGAAGACGCGCUAUGGCGUACCCGGGGCAGGGCUACCCCGGCGCAGGACAGCCCCCCCCGGUCGGCCCCUACCCCGGGGGUCCCUACGGCGGGGGGCCACCCCCGGGACCCUACGGGCCACCCCCGGGACCCUACGGGCCACCCCCGGGACCCUACGGCGGCCCCCAGCCCGGUCCCUACGGCGGGCCGGCCCCGGGAGGGAAUGCCCCCCCGGGGGUGGAUCCCGAGGCCUUCUCCUGGUUCCAGACGGUGGACACGGACCACAGCGGGUUCAUCUCCGUCAAGGAGCUGAAGCAGGCUCUGGUCAACAACAACUGGUCCUCGUUCAACGAUGAGACCUGUCUGCUCAUGAUCAACAUGUUCGACAAGACGCGGUCGGGGCGCAUCGACGUCUACGGCUUCUCCGCCCUUCUGCGCUUCAUCCAGAGCUGGAGGAGCCUCUUCCAGCAGUACGACCGGGAUCAGUCCGGCUCCAUCAGCUUCAGCGAGCUCCAGCAAGCUUUCUCCCAGAUGGGCUACAACCUGAGCCCCCAGUUCAGCCAGCUGCUGCUGGCCCGCUACUCCCAACGUUCUCCCAGUGCCCAUCCCAGUAUCCAACUGGACCGCUUCAUCCACAUCUGCAUGCAGCUGCAGAGCCUCACUGACGCCUUCCGCGAGAAGGACGCGGCCAUGGCGGGGAGCGCCCGCCUCAGCUACGAGGAGUUCCUCACCAUGGUGGUCACCCGCAUGCUCUGACAUUCCAAAAUCUGGGAAUUCUGCAGCUCUCCAGGAGCUCCAGCCAUCCUCACCUUCCCCUUGGAUGUGGCUGAGCCCUUCUAGGAGUUCCCCCCACUCGGGGCCAAAUUUCUGCCUCCUUGAUCCAACCCCAAAUCCCACUGGGGUUUUUUCCUGAUUUGGAUUUUUUUGUGCUCGUUCUGUGGGAAUCCCACGCCAAACUGGGAUGGCCAAACCAGCUCAGAUCCCGUGCCAGCCCCAAAUUCCAGCUUCAUCCCGAGGUCCUGCAGCAGAGCAUCUGGUGGUCACCCGCAUGCUCUGACAUUCCCUGCUCCGAAAUCUGGGAAUUCAGCAGCUCUCCAGGAGCUCCAGCCAUAAUUUCCGCCUCCUUCAUCCAACCCCAAAUCCCACUGGGGGUUUUUUCCUGGCUUGGAAUUUUUUGUGCUCGUUCUGUGGGAAUCCCACGGAGGAUGAAUCCCACGCCAAACUGGGAUGGCCAAACCAGCUCAAAUCCCGUGCCAGCCCCAAAUUCCAGCUUCAUCCCAAGAUCCUGCAGCAGAGCAUCCCCGUUUCGGGGAGGAAAAGCUGAACCUUGGGUUGGGAAGCAGCAGGAAAGGGGAAAAAUGAGGAUAAAAUUCAGCCCUUCCCUCCCUGAGUGCCCUGGGAGCGCGUCCCACCCUGGGAAUUCUUUUCUGGGGGUCUCAUUCCUAUUUUUUGGGGGGGUGCUGGAAUGGGAUGUGCUGCUGCAGCCCCGUGGGAUCAUCCCCUCGUUGUUGCCAAUCCCAAAGCCAAAUCCAGGCGAGUUUAGGGCUCGGUUUUUCCAGCUUGGGAAUAAAACGUGUUGUGCUCCGGC